AUGCAUACUAUCGAUUUAACCAUCAUCAUCACCACAACCGUGAUUGCUCUUCCUCGGCUGCCUCUUCCAAGUGUUCUCUCCUUACCCACGGUUCCUCUCUUUUUUCCUCUUCUCCAUUAUCUUUUCGAUUUCUUUGGCUCAAAGCCUAUCUCUUCUGAUCUCUCUGCCGCUUCCUUCUCUAUUGCUUUCUCGUCCCUCUCUCUGGUAUGGUUUGGACCUGUCAGCGAGAUCUGCUUUAAUCCCAACUUCAUUCUGAAUGUUAUACUAUAUUUCAUAUUGGCUACUAUACUAUAUAAUAAGAGAAUUUUCGCUAUGGUGCCUUACUCCCAUUGGGGAUGGAGAGAGGACAACUUGAUGGAUAUCCGUAAGGGUAAACGCGAGGAGAUUGAUGAAGAAGAGUCGUGAUGCUGGCCAGAUGUUGAGUGACAAUGACUUUCUUUGUUAAUCAUGAAACCAUAUAAUGUUAUACUAUUUUUCAUGAUUUGUGAUUAUACUAUGUAAUUUAUGUGAUUAAUGUAAUGGUAGUUUACUCUGUAGUUUACAUUAGACUUAAAAAUAUCAUUGACAAAUAAUUUAUAGCAAGUAAUUUAUAGCUUUAAUA